AAGAAGAUGAUUCGAAAGAAAAAUAACGAGUGCAACAGAGAAAGUGCAAAUCGCAAAAUCCCCAGAUUUUCUUUCCAUCCAAACGCAUGUCUUCCUCUAUGGUCUAUCAUCCCAUCUGUUUCAUCUGUAUCUAUUAUAAUUAUUAUCCUAAAAUAUUAUCUCCUCCCUAAUUUUCUCUCACUUUCCAGGAAGAAAAAAGAACACCUUUUGUAAUCGUUCCCUAACAAAGCUAUUGAAAGAAUGAUAUCUGUUGUAAGCGAAGACGCUGAAUUUGAUAAAGAACCGGAUAAAAUAGAAGAGAAAGCUAGUGUUUCUACUGAUGAAGAUAUUGAUAGCCGAAACGAAGAAAGUAGAUUGAAUUUGGGAGUUUCUAAUGAAGAAGGUAGGGUUUCUCCAAUGGAACACGAUUUUAGGGUUUCAGAGAAUAAUAUAUCUGAGUUUAGGGGGAGUUAUGCUGAUAGCGUAGGUAAGGUAAUAGGCGGCGAAUCUAGGGUUAUUUGUGCAAAUGAUCGAGUGGAUGAACAAGCUGAAAUAGCAAAUGAUGAGAGUUAUGGAAUAGGGAAUUCAGAGAAGGGUAUUGGUUUGGACUAUAAGUCCCUGUUAUCCGAGUUUGGCGAUUAUGUAGCCAAUGAUAGAAUUGGAGGAGGGGCUUCAAAGGCAUUGAGUUAUGGGUUUGAAGUGGGUGAUAUGGUUUGGGGAAAGGUGAAAUCUCAUCCGUGGUGGCCCGGUCAUAUAUUUAAUGAAGCCUUUGCAUCUCCAUCUGUACCUCACACGAGGAGGGAGGGGCAUGUGUUGGUUGCUUUCUUUGGGGAUAGUAGCUAUGGUUGGUUCGAUCCGGCUGAGCUUGUCCCUUUUGAUCAUAAUUUUUUUGAGAAAUCACAACAGACAAACUCAAGGACCUUUGUGAAGGCUGUGGAGGAGGCAAUGGAUGAGGCUAGUCGAAGGGGUGGUCUUGGUUUGACUUGUAAAUGUAGGAACCCUUUUAAUUUUCGUCCCACAAAUGUCCAAGGGUACUUUGCAGUUGACGUGCCUGAUUAUGAACCAAAUGGGAUUUAUUCAGUGAAUCAGAUUAGGAAUGCAAGAAAUAGUUUUAAGCCCAGUGAGACCCUCUCAUUUUUGAAACAAUUGGCAUCAGCCCCUGUAGCUUAUGACCAGCAAAGCAUUGAGUUUUUGAGGAAUAAGGCUACUGUUUCUUCUUUUCGGAAGGCUGUGUUUGAGGAAUAUGAUGAGACAUAUGCACAAGCUUUUGGGGCGCAUCCACCACGACCUUCCCACCAGGCUGUUAAUGCUCCAGCACGAACUUCUAAGGAGGCACCACGAGCUCCUUUGAGUGGGCCAAUGGUGAUUGCAGAAGCAUUGGAUGGUGGAAAGAGUUCUAAAAAACCCAUAAAAGUUAAGGACCAUUCAAAAAAAGACAGAUACAUAUUCAAACGAAGAGACGAAGCAGCUAGUGCUACAAUGCAAUCUACUUACAGAGAGGGAUCACCAACAUUUGUGGCUGGGGAUUAUGUCCUACAGAAGAGGGAUCCAGUUUCUCAAAUUCCUGUAAAAAAAGAGCAUACUGUUGUUGUGAGCAGGGAUAGUGUAAGUUCAAGUGGAGAUUUAUCCGGAAAUGCAAUUGCGUCUGUAAACCAGACUUCAUCAGCCAAUGCUGUUGCUGAAGAUGUAAAGCCGUCUUUGAAUAAAAUUGAUGGUGGGCCGACAUCUUCUCAGCACGAAGGUGAUGUUAUAUUUGACCUGAAACCUGAGGGUGGAAAAUUGUCCCCAUUUAAUGGAGUUGAGAAACAUGAUAUGGAUUCUACUGCAAAACUGGAAGGAGGCCAGGGAGUAGAUCAAAUUCAAGAUGGUCUCACUGGUGGGCAUCCUUUGGUUGAUAUAAAGCGCUCUGGUGGUAUGAGUGAUGAGGGUGGGUUGAAGAAUGUUAAAAAACGAACUUCAGGAGAUAUAGGUGCUGAGAACUCUGCUUUGGUGGAGAAAAAGAAGAAGAAAAAGAAGAACGAGGCUGGAUCAGAAACAAACUCUGAUAAUCAUGGCGUGGAAAGGACUAGCCCAACAAUUGUUAAGAGGUUCUUUUUACGUUACCGGUCACUUGUUUAUCAGAAAAGCUUGGUUGUGUCGCCACCAUCUGAGACAGAUCCUGGUGAACCCCUUUCUGGUAAACCUCCUUUGGUUGGAACCUCUGACAACUAUGGCAAGGAGAAUGUUCGACACUCAACUCCAAAACCAGCAAGACCCCUUGCAGGACAGGAUGAUCCAACAAAAGCUGGACUGAAGCGUCUCCCAUCUGAUCGUCAAGAAGAAAUUGCUGCAAAGAGGUUGAAAAAGAUUACUAAGGUGAAAUCAUUAGCUGCAGAGAAGAAGGGCAAUCUGAGAACUUCGGAAGCUCCAAAAGUUGAAGUUAAAGAAAAACCAACUGCAGGUCCCCCAGGAAGACCACUAAAAAAACCAGAUUCUGCAAGGAAAAUGGAGCCUCCACCUAGGGCUGUUGGGCCUACAAUGCUGGUUAUGAAGUUUCCUCCUGAAGUAUCACUUCCAUCAGUUGCACAACUAAAGGCAAGAUUUGGACGCUUCGGCUCGUUAGAUCAGUCAGCAAUUCGUGUGUUUUAUAAGUCGUCAACGUGUCGUGUUGUGUUCAGACACAAGAUAGAUGCACAGGCAGCUUAUAGAUAUGUUAAUGGAACUAAUUCUCUAUUUGGCAAUGUGAAUGUGAGAUACCAUCUUCGAAGUGUGGAAGCUCCUACAGCAGAAGCACUAGAUUCUGAUAAGGGACGAGGAGACACUACUACUGGUGAAACCAUACCAGUCAAGGAUUAUGUAGUUGAACGAUCAGUGUCGGUGCUUGCACAGCAGCCUAUUCUGCAGCCAACAGUCCAGCUGAAGUCCUGCCUAAAGAAGCCAACAAGUGAAGAGGCGGGGCAGGCAACUGGCAGUAACGGCGGUAGGGUUGCAGCCCGUGUAAAAUUCAUGUUGGGUGGGGAAGAAACUAGUAGGGGAGAUCAAUUGUUGGUUGGUUAUAGAAACAACUUCAACAACAAUCCUGGUUUUGCCGAUACUGCUGCACCUUCUGUUGCAAUGGAAUUUAAUACUAAGAACUUUCAAAAGGUCAUUCCUCAAUCUUUGUCUUCAUUUCCUGUUAAUCCCCCCAUUUCUCAAUUCGAGAAAGCCCCCUCCGAAGUGGCUCCCAGAAAUGCUCACAAUCUUAAUACACAAACCACCACCCCACCAGCUAGUACCACUAGCAUGGAUAUUUCACAGCAGAUGCUAAACCUUCUGACAAAGUGCAACGAUGUCGUAACCAACGUAACGAGCAUGUUGGGCUAUGUGCCUUACCAUCCUCUUUGAAUAAACGAAAGUCAACCCAAAUUAAUGUUCGAUAAAAAUCAAAGAGCAGACGAUGUAUGGUUUUCCCCAAUGCUGUCGCCAGGAAAGGCAGCAAAUGAACCACAAAUACCGUGGGGGUUUAAAGAGAGUGCAAUCAAGAAAAUAAUCCAUUUGUGGGUUAUAAAGUUAUAAAUUCCCUUUUGUUGGAAGUGUAUACAUCCGGUGCAGUGCCCUGCGCUGUUUUUCCAUAGCCUUUCUCCUCUGCCCCCAUUGAAAUGAUUGUCUGUGUUUUGUUUUAUGU